GCUCCGGCUCGGGCUCGGGCUCUGUCGCGGGACCUGCUGCAGCCGCGCGACCCAAGGUGGCCCCGAGCGUGGACUUUGACCACAGCUGCUCGGACAGCGUGGAGUACCUGACCCUGAACUUUGGACCCUUCGAGACCGUGCACCGAUGGCGCCGCCUCCCGCCCUGCGACGAGUUCGUGGGCGCACGACGCAGCAAGCACACGGUGGUGGCCUACAAAGACGCCAUCUACGUGUUUGGAGGCGACAACGGAAAGACAAUGCUGAAUGACCUUCUGCGCUUUGACGUCAAGGACUGCUCCUGGUGCAGGGCCUUCACCACGGGGACGCCGCCAGCCCCCCGCUAUCAUCACUCAGCCGUUGUCUACGGGAGCAGCAUGUUUGUGUUUGGCGGCUAUACCGGCGACAUUUACUCAAAUUCCAAUUUGAAGAACAAGAACGACCUGUUUGAAUACAAGUUUGCCACUGGGCAGUGGGCAGAGUGGAAGAUUGAGGGCCGGUUACCAGGGGCGGGGGCAGCGCACGGGGCGACCGUGUACAGCGACAAGCUGUGGAUCUUUGCGGGUUACGACGGCAAUGCCCGGCUCAAUGACAUGUGGACCGUUGGCCUUCAGGACCGAGAACUGACCUGCUGGGAGGAGAUCGAGCAGAGCGGCGAGAUCCCGCCUUCCUGCUGUAACUUCCCCGUGGCCGUCUGCAGGGACAAGAUGUUUGUGUUUUCGGGACAGAGUGGAGCCAAGAUCACCAAUAACCUCUUCCAGUUUGAGUUCAGAGACAAAGUCUGGACCCGGAUUCCCACGGAGCACUUGCUUCGGGGCUCGCCGCCGCCUCCUCAGCGAAGAUACGGGCACACCAUGGUUGCCUUUGACCGGCACCUGUACGUGUUUGGGGGUGCAGCCGACAACACCCUCCCCAACGAGCUUCACUGCUACGACGUCGACUUCCAGACCUGGGAGGUCAUCCAGCCGAGUCCUGACAGCGAGCUGCCCAGUGGGAGGCUGUUCCACGCGGCCGCCGUCAUUUUGGAUGCCAUGUACAUAUUUGGCGGGACAGUGGACAACAACAUUCGGAGCGGUGAAAUGUACAGAUUUCAGUUUUCCUGUUACCCAAAGUGUACGUUACACGAAGAUUACGGCCGCCUGUGGGAAAGCCGCCAGUUCAGCGAUGUGGAGUUCAUACUGGGAGAGAAGGAGGAACGGGUCCGGGGACACGUUGCAAUCGUCACGGCGCGCUGCAAGUGGCUUCGGAAGAAGAUAAUGCAGGCCCGGGAGCGAGUGCGACAGAAAUCUAAGUCGGAGCCGGAGGAGGAGGGGCCGGGGCCGGCCGGCGGGAAGCCGCCUCUGCCGCCUUCUCUGCUGGAGGUGGCGAUCCGCGAGGCCGAGGCGCAGCCGUUUGAGGUGCUCAUGCAGUUCCUGUACACGGACAAGAUCAAGUAUCCGCGUAAAGGGCACGUGCACGAGGUGCUGCUCAUCAUGGACGUCUACAAGCUGGCGCUGAGCUUCAAGCUGUGCCGGCUGGAGCAGCUCUGCCUGCAAUACAUCGAGGCCUCCGUGGACCUGCAGAACGUCCUCACCGUGUGCGAGAACGCCAACAAGCUGCAGCUGGACCAGCUCAAGGAACACUGCCUGAACUUUGUGGUGAAGGAGUCCCACUUCAACCAGGUGAUCAUGAUGAAGGAGUUUGAGCAUCUCUCGUCCUCCCUGAUCGUGGAGAUCGUGCGGAGGAAGCAGCAGCCGCCCAUCCGGACCCACUCGGAGCAGCCCGUGGACAUAGGGACCUCGCUGAUCCAGGAUAUGAAGGCUUGCUUGGAGGGGGCAGGGACAGACUUCUGUGACAUCACCCUACUCCUGGACGGUCACCCCCGCCCAGCCCAUAAGGCCAUCCUGGCCGCCCGCUCCAGUUACUUUGAAGCCAUGUUUCGGUCCUUCAUGCCUGAAGAUGGCCAAGUCAACAUCUCCAUUGGGGAAAUGGUGCCCAGCAAGCAGGCCUUCGAGUCCAUGCUCCGCUACAUCUACUACGGGGAAGUGAACAUGCCCCCCGAGGAUUCUCUCUAUCUCUUUGCCGCCCCCUAUUACUACGGCUUCUACAACAACCGGCUCCAGGCCUACUGCCGGCAGAAUCUGGAGAUGAACGUGACGGUGGAGAACGUGCUCCAGAUUCUAGAGGCCGCUGACAAGACCCAGGCCCUGGACAUGAAGAGGCACUGCCUUCACAUCAUCGUGCACCAGUUCACCAAGGUUUCCAAGCUGCCCAACCUGCGAGCCCUGAGCCAGCCGCUUCUGGUGGACAUCAUCGAGUCCCUGGCCACUCACAUAUCUGACAAGCAGUGUGCCGAGCUGGGCUCCGACAUCUGACGCCCCCGGCGCCCCCACCUUGGGGGCACCCCUGGGAAGCUCCAUGUGCUCGGAGUGGCCCGGGGAGAGGCCCAGAGGGACACUCGGCGGGACCAGGGCAAGGGGGCUGCCCCCUUCUGCCUGAGCUUUGGGGAGCCCUGGGCCCCUCACGACUGAAUUGAGCCUUUGUCCGGACGUUGGGGAGAGAUGUUUUAAGAGACCAAAAGUCACUACUUUGAAAGACCAUUCAGAGGAAGUAAAAGUUCUAACAGUUUUGUGCCUUGGCA